AUGUCUGCUAAAAGAUUCAAUUCAUCAAUUACUCCAGUAAGAACUCAACAAGCUCCACCACCUGCUGCUUCAUAUUCGCAAGCAAUCAAGGUCAACGGUUUCAUUUAUGUUUCAGGUCAAAUUCCAUAUACUCCAGAAAACAAACCAUUACCAACUUCAGCAACAAUCCAAGACCAUGCCGAACAAGUUAUCAAAAACGUUUCAGCCAUUUUAGAAGCUUCAAAUUCUUCAUUAAAUCAUAUUGUAAAAGCUAAUAUAUUUUUAACUGAUAUGAAUUCUCAAUUUGGUGAAUUUAACAAAGUUUAUGGUAAAUAUUUUAGUGAACAUAAACCUGCUAGAUCUUGUGUUGCUGUUAAAGAAUUACCUUUGGGUGUACCUUUAGAAAUGGAAGUUAUUGCUAUUGAAAGAGAUGAUAAUAAAUUAUAA